AUGAGGUUCGGUGAAUAUCUCCGUUCUUCCCUGAUUAAAGAGUACUAUCCUUUCUACAUUGCGUACGACGAUCUCAAGAAAGCCCUCAAGACCGAUUUCGUCGAUGAACCGACCCCCGAUAAUACCAAGCCCGCCCGCAAAGAAUGGACGGAGGACGACGAAACGCACUUUGUGUCCUUACUCGAGAGCGAAUUGGAGAAGGUGUUCCUGUUUCAGAAGCGCAAGAGUGAGGAGAUUGUGGAUCGGAUCCAAGAGAGCGAACUCGAGGUGAACGAUGUGGUCUCCCGUCUGGAUAGCUCGGUCGAUUCCCGUCGCCAGAGCGGUCGAUCCUCUCGGCCUCCGCCCACCGAUCAGGAUUUCUUGAUUCUUGAACAGGUGCUCAGUGAUAUUAUUGCCGAUGUGCAUGACCUGGCGAAAUUCACCCAAUUGAACUACACGGGCUUCCAGAAGAUCAUCAAGAAGCAUGACAAAGAAACACAAUGGUACCUCAAGCCAGUCUUCGCGACACGUCUGAAAGCGAAACCCUUUUUCAAGGACAAUUACGACGCCUUUGUGAUCAAACUAUCUAAACUGUAUGAUUUGGUUCGAACCAAGGGCAACCCGGUUGAGGGUGACGCAUCCGCUGGUGGCACCCAGCAGAACUUUGUGCGUCAGACUACAAAGUACUGGGUGCAUCGUGAUAAUAUUACAGAGUUGAAGCUGGUCAUCCUGAAGCACUUGCCGGUGUUAGUUUUCAAUGCCAGCAAGGAGUUCGCAGAGGAGGACACAGCAAUUUCCUCUAUCUACUAUGACAACACGGAUACGUGGGAGCUGUAUCAGGGCCGGCUGAAGAAAACAGAAGGCGCCGAGGCCAUUCGACUGCGUUGGUACGGUGGAAUGGAAAGUGACCAGAUCUUCGUGGAGCGGAAAACCCACCGCGAGGACUGGACGGGAGAAAAGUCUGUCAAGGCGCGUUUUGCCCUCAAGGAGAAGCACGUCAAUGCCUUCCUUGAGGGACGGAUGACAGUUGAGCAGAUCUUCGACAAAGCGCGCAAGGAAGGCAAAAAGAGCGCGGCGGAAAUUGAUGGUCUAGAGCAAUUGGCCCGUGAGAUUCAGUACCGCGUCCUGACCCGCCGCUUGGUGCCCGUCACUCGUACCUUCUACCACCGCACUGCGUUCCAGCUGCCGGGAGACGCCCGUGUUCGAAUCUCUCUUGACACAGAAUUGACCAUGAUUCGAGAGGACAACAUGGACGGCCGCCGAAGGGCAGGAAAGAACUGGCGUCGCAUGGAUAUCGGCGUCGACUUCCCAUUCUCCCAGCUGCCACCUGAGGAUAUUGACCGAUUCCCUUAUGCCGUGCUGGAGGUGAAGUUGCAGACCCAGGCAGGCCAGGAACCUCCACAGUGGAUUCGGGAGUUGACUGCCAGUCACUUGGUUGAGGCAGUUCCGAAAUUCAGCAAGUUCAUCCACGGCACCGCCACCUUGUUCCCUACGCGCAUCAACCUGCUUCCAUUCUGGUUCCCCCAGAUGGGCGUCGACAUCCGCAAACCCGCCUCCCGCCAAUAUGGUAUUCACAGGCCUCUGGCGAGUACCUCAAUAUCCGCCAAUGACGAAGACUCAGACGAUGAUGAAAACCCCGGGAUGGACGAGCGCACUUUGGACGGCGAGCGCCAGAACGGAUUGUUCGAGACCAACGGCAACGAAUUAGACAUUGAAGAGCGCAUCGCCGCCCAACCCCUUCCCGGUGAUGAAGAUUACCCCUUGUACGACUCCGACGACGAAUCAGUUUAUUCCGAUGAGCUAGAAGAAGCCCGCCGUAUAGGCGGUGCUUACUACGCGCAGCAGCUAGCCAAACACUACCUCAUUCGAACCGGUCACGCCGUCGCACAGGGUCUUAUGGCAAUAAUCCCGCGCCCCCGUCCAACAACCCUGCCACCCCCCGAGCAGCGCGGCAUCCAAGUCCUGAGUAGCCACCGACGCACGCUGCAACGAUUCCACGCUCCUCCAGGCAAACGCAUCUUCGUUCCCAUCCGCGUGGAACCAAAAGUCUACUUCGCCGCCGAGCGCACCUUCCUCUCCUGGCUCGAAUUCUCCAUCAUCCUCGGCGGCAUCGCCGCAACUCUCCUCAACUUCGGCUCAGACUCCGCAACCCUCGUCUCCUCCUGGGCCUUCACCAUCCUCGCCGCCGCCGCCCUCGUCUACAGUCUUUUCCUGUACAUCUGGCGCGUGGACAAGAUCCGCAAGCGCCGCGACGUCAAGCGCGUCUACUAUGAGCGCUGGGGUCCGACGGUCCUUAGCAUUGGUCUUGUCAUUAUCAUCACGAUUAAUUUCGGGCUGCGCGUGCGCGCUGGUGGGUUUAUGGCUGCGCCGGAGAAGCAUGCACCUCAGCAUGGUGGACAUGGUGAGUUGUAG